GCCGCAAUGCCCGAGUACAUCAAGGCAGAGACCAACUACAUAUAUUCCCACUUCCGUCGCAUCAAGUACAUGGAGGAUGAACGGGUGCAUGAAGGCAUCGUCAGAAGCGAGUCGUCCCACUGGACCAUGAAAGCCGGGGUCAGAGGGUUUGACCAUGGGCGCAAUAGAUAUACCAACAUCCUGCCCUUUGACUACAACAGGGUGAAGCUGGACGUUGCCGAGGGUCAUUGCGACUAUAUCAACGCGUCCCAUGUCCAUUUGGACUUUGGCGGCAUCAGAGAUGAGUACAUCGCCACCCAGGGACCCACUGUGCUGACAACGCCACAUUUCUGGCACAUGGUUGUGGAACAAACAGAGCACCCGGACGUUGUCAUCGUGAUGGUCACACCUAUACAAGAGGGGGCGGUUAAGAAGUGUGUCAAAUAUUGGCUCGACGGCGUUGGCGAGUCUCUUGACAUCAAACCGGGUCUUGAUGGCUUCAAGUACGAUUUACAACUGAAGUGCCUAGAACAUGAGGACAGAUUCGACCCUGCCGGGAUACACUACACCAAAUUACAACUGGACGCUGUGGAUUCGAUCAGUGGUGACGUACUGCACAAGAGAACGGUGCACCAUAUCUACUUUGACCAGUGGACCGAUGCCAUGAGACCAGAUGCAUGGGAGCCGAUAUUGGAGCUGAGCCAAUUGGCAAGAUCACUCAACGGUAAGGGGAACCCCAUGUUUGUACACUGCUCUGCCGGUGUUGGCCGUACGGGGACUUUUAUCACGAUGGACUAUCUUCUUUCACAUGCGCAUCUGAUCUGGGAUAACGAAUCUGUUGACAUGAUCUAUGCUGUUGUUUCCAAGCUGAGGGAACAGAGAAUCUCAAUGGUUCAGAGUGUUGAUCAGUACAAGUUCUGUUAC